UUCUGGAUCUUUUGUAAUGUUAAUUAGGGAAAAUAUCCUGGACUCAAUACCAAGGAACACAUUUAACAAAGCAUUUAAAACCAGUGUUUCACCUGAUCUGUGUGGAAAUUCUCUAAACUUGUCUUAUAUCACCUGGAGUGGGUUGCAGUCCUGUCUGUCUUUGGAAACACUGGGAUGGAUGUUCUGUGCCUUGCUGAGCCAACAGCACAUUGCUGCAGCUGUGCGUAACCAACCAUUGGGGCUGGAACAGGAUGGGGCUCUGGCAGCGUGAGAGCUGCUUUGUGCCUGUUGGGAUUGCUGCUGGGAUGUGGCACACAGUCCUGCAUAGCAAGUGCCACACAAAAGGGACUGUAAAAAACCAAACAAGUUAUUCCUUGCUUUGUGUGCCACAGGAAAAGCACUCAACAGGUCAGUCCCUAGCCCAGUGGGAAGUGCAGCCUGGUUUCAGUGAGGGAGGACCUGGCUCUUGUCUCUGGCUGCUGUGACACCUCUUUGUUUCCAAGUCAUCUCUGUGUUAUCCCAGCUAAGUCCCAAAGCACCUCUUUCUGACAGGACCAGGAAAUUUAUUAAUGUUUGCUUUACUUUUUAGGCAGUCACAAAGCACUGCUAAGGUAAAAACAGGAGAAAAUUUCAUGCAAACACAGCUGCAUGUUUGCAUUGGUGUGGCAGUCAUUCCUGGGCUUGUGGUCUUUCCUCUUGCUUUAUUUCCUCCACUGAAACUGCUGGGUGAAACCUCAGGGGUGCAUCACCAUCAACUGUUGUGUAGCUUCUGAUGAGACUUCAUCAGACAUGAUGGGAAGAAAUGGAGCUUUUUCUCUGGCUUCAGGGGUGUUUGCAGUGCCCCAGAGGACCCUGUGGUUUCCCUGCUGCUUUCACCGCUGUUGCUGAAACAGCUGUUGGAACCUGCUGCACCUAUUUACUACCUGAGAUACUUCUGUCUUUCUCUCCUGUUAAGCUGUGGAGAGUCUUCUAAAAAACCAAACCAGAUCAUCGCUAUUUUCUUGCUGUUUGUGAGGGAGAAGUGCUGAUGGAGAGGUAGUGCUCUUAACUACUCUCCUUCAUAGCUGUGCUUCAGUCGAGCUGUUCUGUGGAAACCAAAUGCUCAGGAAAGCUUCAUAUUUAUUUUGUAGGCAAAGUUUUCUGCCUCAGAUUACUGAGGUAAUCUCCCUUUUGUUGGCAACUUCUCUUCAAGCUGGUUUAGUUGAGACACAAAGCUUUGCUUUCUGGGAAGUCUUCACAGGUGUGUGGCAGUGCUGGGAUGUCCCUAUCUUCCUGUUUAACUGGUAGAGAGCCCUUUGGUACAUGCUAAAGAGCUGCUUGGGAUAAGCUUUUAACAGGUUUAAGCAAAUAAUAAAAUAUGGGAUGGGAAGCCAUCAAUAAAUUGUUGGCAAGUCCUUUGCAUUCAAGUUGGUAAAUGAUGACAUGGCACUUGGGAUCAUCAUCUUCCUUCUUUAAAGAAUUUCUAAAUAAUUGGACAGGUAAUUUUUGGAAAUCAAUGUUACCACAAAGGGAAGGGAAAUAAAUAUAUGAGUAGUUCAGGAAGUCAAUAACCCUCACCACCUAAUUUCUUUUUUAACCAGUUUUGCUUGCACUAGGUAGUGAAGAGCAGCUCACCAGCUGGUAAUCCAACAUUCAAAUCCAAGUUUCAUCCUUACUGAAGAAAAAAACCCUAGGGACUUCUCUGUAUUUGAACACUGCAAAGUACUCUGUAUGAGGCAGAACUGGCAGGGUUUGGGGAGCCAGGGGCUGCAGGGCUCACCUGUGUGGAAAGGGGCCAUGAUUCCAGCUGGUUCCAACCAGCUGCAAACUAGGCAAACCCAGCCCAUUGCACAACAAAACCACAGCUGGUCAGAGCAGCACACUCUGCCUCUGCUUGAACGUUUUUAAGAAAGGGUGGAAGCUGUUAGGGACAGGAUGGUGGGGUCUUGCUGUUUCUUGCAGCUGUAUGGACAGAAAGUGUGUGUUACCCUUUCAGAGUCCCAAGGAAAGCAGAGGGUCUGGAGGAAAGGGCAGCUGACCGGGAGGUGGCUGCUCCCUGGGCUGCUGGCCAGGUGAUGUGUCAGGAGCCAGGCACUUCUGAGAAAGCAUUGCCACACUGAUGACAGUGCCCUUCAAUGAAACUGUGUGUUUAUACAGCUUAUUUCAUGCCAUGUCUGCUGUUCUUGGGCUCAUGAAGGUUAGCUGGUACAUGGGUGCUGUACCUCAAGAGCCAGGCAGAUGCAGAACUGACCAGUGCAGCAGAAGAGGAGCAUGGAAGGAUCAGGAAGUUCCAGUUGCAGAAGGAACAUGAAGCCUGCUAGAGGGACAGAAGGUCAGUAGGGAAUGAGAUUGGAAGAGAGUUCAGAGAUCACUUUGAAACAACCCAGAAUUAAUUUUUGUAUCUGGCUACAGGCUGUCAAGGGAGAGCAGGCUCCGGCUGGAGAAAGAAUGCUCAGGAUGCCCAGCUGCCUCUUAAAGCUGACCAGGGUGGUGCAGAGCCACAAGCCCUGGGCCCUGUUUAUCCUCAUCUUUGUGUUUGUAUCCUUUGCCUACAUCAAGUUGUACUGGGGCAUCGGGGAGGACCCAAAGAGCAGAGGCCCCACCUACGGCUUGUCUGCUGAGAUCAGCUGUGCUCACUAUGUGCCUUCUCCCCUCGACAUUGCUGGUGGGCCCUCUCCUUCCACAGGAAAGGUGUUUUUUGUGGAGACCUCAGAGCAAACUUCACCAAGUUACCUGUUCUCGUGCUCUGUGGAGUCAGCGGCCAGGACACACCCCACAUCAAGAGUCUUGGUGCUCAUGAAAGGCUUGGCCAAAGGGAACGCCUCCUUGCCCAAGCACUGGGCUUUCUCCUUGCUGAGCUGCUUCUCCAACGUGGAAAUCCGGCCCCUGGACUUGACAGAGCUCUUUUCUGGAACGCCUCUGAAAAGGUGGUACUUAUGGCCUCUGCGGCACUGGGAGCCACAUUUUUUACCUGUCCUCUCUGAUGCCUGCAGAAUUGUCCUCAUGUGGAAAUUUGGUGGCAUCUACCUGGAUACAGACUUCAUUGUGCUUAAGAACUUACAGAACCUCACCAAUGCCCUUGGCAUUCAGGAUGACGUUGAACUGAAUGGGGCCUUUCUAUCCUUUAAGGCCAAGCACAAGUUCAUGGAGCUUUGCAUGCAGGACUUUGUGCAGAAUUACAAUGGCUGGGUCUGGGGGCGCCAGGGCCCAGACCUCCUAACUCGUGUCUUCAAGAAGUGGUGCUCCCUCAGGACUAUCAAGAGCAUGAGCUGCAAAGGUGUGAGUGCUCUUGCCCCAGAAGUUGUUUAUCCUAUUCCCUGGCAGAACUGGAAGAAGUUGUUUGAGGCAGUCAGUGCCUUGGAGCUUCACAAACUCCUUAGGAACACCUAUGCAGUGCACAUAUGGAACAAACUGAGCCACAGGACCAAGUUAGAGAUCCCCUCCCAGGCUCUGCUGGCCCAGCUCUAUUCCCAGUUCUGCCCUGCCACCUACGCAAAGAUGAAACAGGACUCUGAAGAGUUGUCAAGGCUUGCAGUGUGACCUGGGGGCCCUUGGCUGCAGGGAUGUUCCCCAGGCUGAAGGAAACCGAGUGCCUUUGACCUUCCCUAGAGUUGGUUUCUAGACCCCAGAGCAGGUGUUCUGUGUGACAGCUCUGUGGUUUUGUACCUGAUAUUCCUGAUAUCUGCCUCAGAUCCUUUGUGUUUCAAAUUUACAGCAGAACCUGACUUCAGCCUCUCUUGCUGUCCUUCACGAGACCUGUUGCGGCAAGGAAGGUUGAACUCAUUCAUCAGCCUCCCUCAGCUGGUCCUCUCUUGGUGUUCUCCAGUGGAUCCUCCUGUGAAUCCCAGCCUGAGCAGCCCCUUGGGAUGAUUCAACAGCUAUAGGGACCCUUGGCCUGCUCUCUGUGGCAUUUCUGAGUUUGUGAAUCACUGCCAGACAGUGCCAAAUGUCACAAAUUGCUGGGGGUCAGAACAGAAUUCCCUGGCUGGCAAAGAUCCUUAACACGUGGGGAAAUACAUGAAUUAUCUAUGAAAUUUGCUGUAAGAAGCAUAAAACUGUAUUAGAUCCCUGUGUGGCUCACUGUGAAGUUGUUCGAAACUUCUGGAGUGAGAAAAGUUCAAAUGAUGCUUCCUAUUUUUUCUAAAUCCACAGCAGUGGUCUGGGACUCCUCAGGAAAACAAGCAGACAAAAGCAGUUCUUUGAGGAGCUGAAAUUAUGAGUAUCCUUACUCUGCUCAAGUAGUUCUUGUGGAUACCAACACCUAAGCAACCAUUGUCACACUCCAAAGGGGCUCAGCAUUGCCUGUUUCUGCAGUGCUGUGAAGAGGAUUACAACCCUUUCAAUGGAAUACUGAUCCCAAUGUGGAAGUCCAGAGGACAACAUGUCCACAAUCAAAAGAAGGACCAGGUGCAGGACUCCGAGCAGUAUCCCCAGGGACAAAUAUAAAAACUCAGAAGCACAUGAAGGUUGGAAAAGACCUCCAAGAUCAGGGAGUCCAACCUUCAAUUCAGUAUCACCAUACCCACAAGCCUUUAUCCCAAAGUGCCAUGUGUACUCAUUUUUUGGAGCACUUCCAGGGAUGCUGACUCCACCACUUCCCUGGGGAGCCUGUGGCACACAGUGCUUAAGCACUCUGAAUUUUUCCUUGUAUCCAAGCUGAACCUACUGUGGUGCACAGAGUCCUGCAUCCAGCUCUGGGAUCCCAGCGCAGGAAGGACAGGAAGGAGCUGCAGGAGCCAGGCCAGAGCAAGGACACCAAGGGAAUCAGAGGGAUGGAGCAGCUCUGCUGGGAGGAAAGGCUGAGGAAAGUGGGAGUGUUCUACCUGGAGAAGAGAAGGCUUUGGGGUGAUGUAAUCAUGGCCCUCCACUGCCUGAAGGGAGCUUAAAGGAAGUAUGCAGAGAGACUCUGCAAUGGCCUGGAGUGACAGGACAAGGGGGAAUGGCUUCACACUGACAGAGGGCAGGUUUAGAUUGGAUAUGAAGAAGAAAUUCUUCCCUGUGAGGGUGCUGAGGCCC